AUGCCGUCGGUGGCAACUGCUAAAAUCAUUGAACUUUUCAAAGAAACCACAUCAUUCACCGGCCUCGAGUCGAAAGGUGAGAAUUAACAUCCACUGUUGUUUAAAACUUGAACUUCUUAUUACCUUAGGAAUGCAUAAGUUUUUUGAUUGUUUAUAGGAAACAAGACAAAUUUUCAGUUCACAAUUUCCGCUACAUGAACGACAGCUUCAGAAGUCACUCUCUUAUUAGCUUUGAUUAUCAUAUUUGUUACAUUAUUUGUCACGCAACCUACGGCGAGCACAAAAAUAACAAAUAUUCCUAAAAAACUGCAGAAGCUUUGAGUAAAAGCUUUUAAACUUACCAUUUCUUCAAGACUCCCUCAAAGCUUCCCAGAAAGAGACCUGUCUUGAACUGAACAGCCAGUACUUUCAGUGAAUUUAGAUCAGUCAUUUCGGUAAUGAUUUACUUUGAACCUUUGAACCGAUGACAAGUACUUUUAAACAAGAGGUCACUUUUUUUUUUCACCGCAAUAUGUGGGGAUGUUUUUUUAAAGGCCCUGAAGCAAACCAGCCCACGGAAGUGGCUGCUCAAUUGGAAACAAUUGAGGUAAAUGAAGACCUGUUUAAAGAACUCCAAGAAGCUGUGCAGCAAGAUGAAGCCAACACCCAAGAAAUCGAUGUUGAAGUGCUCAAUACAUCGAAAGAAGAAAAUCAUCAUAAAAAAAAGAGUAGAAGAAAGACAACACAACACGACACUCUUGAGGCCCAAUACAAAGCAUUAGUUUUAAAGCAGGAAAAUCUUAAGCUAAAAAAGAGGAAAUUGGAGUUAGAAGUGUUCCUUUUGGAACAAAGAUCAUGUUCGAUCCCUACUGUGUCUAUAAAUUUAAGUCCAUGA